GCUGUGUUCGUACAAACGCUAAUCUGACAUAGGAGUAGAGCGCGUUGCCUUAGCUCUCCAGCUGAUGUUAUGUGAUGUGAUGGAGAUUUUAAGUAAGCAUAAUCUCACAUAGUACUGUGCGGAAAAGUGGAUUUACAUGCGCAAAUCAGUGGAAUAACAGCGCGCCGAAAAAUGAAGACAGCUAUGCGUCAUGGGGUAGCAGUGUUUUUAGCAAUAACCAUGUGCACCAGUUUGUUCUUCGUGUACAACGCCAGCUUCAGCAGCAGCAGCAACACUUCAAGGGGCUCGAACGAUGCGUCGAGUCGUAAGAGUGAGCUGUCCCCCAGUACACCUACACCUGUCAAGGCGCACAAAUCUCCCCCCUCAGUCUUGCAAGGAUACAACAGCAUCAUUGACCACAAGCCGCUCAAGAUGCACUGCAACAGCUGCGCGCUGGUCACCAGCUCCGGCCACCUGACGGGCGGCGCGCGCGGCACGGACAUCGACGCGGCCGAGUGCGUCAUCCGCAUGAACGACGCGCCGGCGGGCGGCGCCUACGGCAGGGACGUGGGCCGGCGCACCAGCUUGCGCGUGGUGGCCCACUCCAGCAUGCAGCGCGUGCUCCGCGGACGCCACCAGCUGCUCAAUGCCAGCCAGGACGCCGUGUUCGUCUUCUGGGGGCCCAGCAGCUACAUGCGGCGCGACGGCAAGGGCCUCGUCUACAACAACCUGCGUCUCAUGAACCAGGUGCUGCCCAAGCUCAAGGUCUACAUCAUCUCCUGGCAGAAGAUGCUGCAGUUCGACGAGCUCUUCAAGAAGGAGACGGGCAAGGACAGGCGGAUUUCGAACUCGUGGCUGAGCACCGGCUGGUUCACCAUGACUAUAGCUCUGGAGCUGUGUGACAGAAUCAAUGUUUAUGGAAUGGUGCCUCCAGACUUCUGCAGAGAGGCGGAGCAUCCCUCUGUGCCCUACCACUACUACGAGCCUCGGGGUCCAGACGAGUGUGCCAUGUACAUCUCCCACGAGCGCGGUCGCCGCGGCAGCCACCACCGCUUCAUCACCGAGAAGCGCGUCUUCGCCAAGUGGGCCCAGACGUUCGACAUCCACUUCUAUCAGCCCGACUGGAGCCCACCACCCCUGUCCCAAAACCAGACAGCCCUGGACACACCGGCCACUCCCACCAUCGUAUCAGGAGUUCAGGAGACGUGACCUGAUGGGCGUCUCUUGGCCCCUUUUCUGACAGGCUCUGGGUGGGGCGGGUGGGGGUCAAGCCUCAUGGACAGCACUGCAGACAGACACAGGGGGAACUGGUCAUCUGGUGUCUGUCUGCAGCAAUCCCAUUGGCUAUCGCUUUGUCUCAGUUUGAAUGCCUAAAACUGGACGAAUGUUGUCCAGGCUGGUUUGGAGAUACCAGCUUCCCAUCUUCGCUUGGGACAUGCUCACUGUGGCCCGUACUGUGACCUCUGCACUGAGUUUUGUACUCGACUUUGUGUCAUCCUAUCGUUUGAGGACAGGUGGGCUUCAUUGUGCAACCUGUGUGCUUGCGCUUUGGCCACAAAAGGUGAUGAGGAAUAGAACAGGUUACCCCUACUGAAGCACAAAAGUAGAGGCAGAAGCACUGAAUGGUCCAGCCUUCGGGUUCACGCCUCUGUAUGUUUUCUUUUGUCAGUAAAGCUUUUGCACCUCACAGC